AUGGCAUCAACAUCAGGACUAACAAGCGCAGCCAAGAAAACACUCAGCGCCGUCACUAGGAUAUUGUCUCCAUCAGCACCUGUUCCCUUCAUCCCUGCAAAGGCUUCCUUCCGACCCCAGCUGACUUCAACAAAAACCAAGGCAACAGCUUCACCUGCCAGUGUGACACAGGACCCAUCCUCGAUAUCCGGCCUCAAGUUCUGUCUUCACAUGGUCCUCUUUGCAGCCCCAGGAAUCGUCCUUUCAAAGAAACUUGCCGACGGCGAACGCGUCGAGGAUAUGGUGGAAGAGGCCAAGACAACCUACAACAACCUCGUCAACAGCCUUUCAUAA